AGGCGGUCGCGGUGCAUGCUGGAGCCUGUAGUCCUAGGGGCAGGGAGCGGUCCGGGGCUGCGGGGGAAGCUCGGCCCAGCCCAGGCCGGGGAAGCUGCGGUUGGAGGCUGUGCCCCGAGCAGGGCUGAGGUCUGGGCCCGGGGCCUCCUGGAGCGGGGUCUGCGAGGCAGCGUCGCCGGCAGCCCUCGGAGCGCGACGGUCCCACAGCCGGGACUCGAGCGACUUAUGACCAUUCCUACCCUGCCCUCCCCAUCUGGCAAUUCGUGACCCCUCACCAACCACGGUGGAAUCAAUCAAACCAACCCUCUGCAGAGUCGUCAUCUACUUGCAGAAGAUGUCUGGGGACACGUGCCUGACCACCAUCUGCCGGUCUUCAGGAGCCAAGCCCAAAACCUGCAGCUUCAGAGAGGGUAGCCUGGGAAACAAGUACGUGCGGCUCAACGUUGGGGGCUCCUUGUACUACACCACAGUGCAGGUGCUGACCAGGCACGACACCAUGCUGAAGGCCAUGUUCAGUGGCAGGAUGGAAGUGCUGACUGACAAGGAAGGGUGGAUCCUUAUAGACCGUUGUGGGAAACACUUUGGUGUGAUUUUAAAUUACCUCCGAGACGACACUAUCGCGCUUCCAAAAAACAGGCAGGAGAUCAAAGAGCUGAUGGCAGAAGCGAAAUAUUACCUAAUUCAGGGCUUAGUAGACAUGUGCCAGGCAGCUCUCCAGGACAAGAAAGACUCAUACGAGCCCGUCUGUAACAUCCCCAUCAUCACGUCUCCAAAGGAAGAAGAGAGGCUCAUCGAAUCCUCCAUGAAACCUGUUGUCAAGCUGCUUUAUAACAGGAGCAACAACAAAUAUUCCUACACCAGUAACUCGGACGAUAACUUACUGAAGAACAUAGAACUGUUUGAUAAACUUUCUCUCCGCUUCAACGGCCGAGUCCUCUUCAUUAAGGAUGUUAUAGGGGAUGAAAUCUGCUGCUGGUCUUUCUACGGACAGGGGCGGAAGCUCGCUGAGGUCUGUUGCACCUCGAUAGUGUACGCCACGGAAAAGAAACAAACCAAGGUUGAGUUCCCUGAAGCGCGUAUCUACGAGGAGACACUAAACGUUUUACUUUAUGAAACUCCACGUGUACCUGACAACUCCCUGCUGGAGGCGACGAGCAGGAGCCGAAGCCAGGCAUCUCACAGCGAGGACGAUGAGGGCUUUGAACUGCGUGACCGAGUGCGCCGCAUCCACGUGAAGAGAUACAGCACUUACGACGACCGGCAGCUUGGCCACUAGCCUGCUGGCAGAGGAGAAACGGUUUGCUUUGUUCAUAGAGCUUAACGAAUAUGCGGAGUUAGUCCAGGAAGCGGGGGAUUGAUCCUCAAAUGGUUUCAGUGCUUCCUAGAGAGGCAGCUCGGCAUCUGUGCGUGCAAACCAAAGACAACACUUAAGGCCAGAGGCUUUUAGAGUCAUUGUGACAUGUUACUUGUGCACCAUGUGGUGUAAAUAGAGCAGUUCUUCAUGUGCUGCGGAUGGGCGGGGAUCCCAAGAACCUGCCUGUGGAGCUCAUCUGUUCUGAUAUAGGUUGCAGCCAUGAGGCAUUGUCUGUCUUGUGAGAAGCGAUGUAUUUUUCCAUUUGUUUGAAAACACAUUGCCAGAGACAUCGUAAGAGCUGUGUGCCCUGGAAUUGCUUAGUUUUUAAAUUCUAUUACAAAGGAUGUCCUGUGGGAUUCGAACACUAGCACAUUUAGCAAACGCUACCUCUCGCUGGCCAAGCUACUCUUUCCUUAUGGAGCAAGUAGUUAGAUUCCCAUGGCAUGAGAGAGGGUGUGUUUCCCCUUUUGUGCUGAAACUGCUUAGCCUGUCUCACUUUAAGCCGAGUUUUUAGGACUCAAGCUAACAAAUGGUCCAAAUGGGGGAAGUUUAGAGAGUAAAUAUUAAAUGACGUGAUUAUUAAGAAAAAAAAAUCCUAGCGGUGAGGGUGUGGGUGUGGUGAAGCUUACAAGAAAACAGAGCCCUGGUGAAAUCAUGGGCAUGGUGAGACCCUUACCCUCUGGGGCUUUGGGUGGGGUGGGAGCCCUGUGUUAAUAGAUACUGAAGAAUUGAGGGAAUCUCUCUAGAAUUAGUCACUAGAUCAAGAGGGCCCCUAAGCACUGCUUGGUGUCAUCUUUCCUCACGCUAGGAAAAAACAGGGUGAUUGAGGGAAAAUAACUCAAGUGUAAACCAAAGAAAGCUGCUUAGCGCAUUCACUCUAGCACAGUUGGGGUUGUCCAUCUGUCUCUGCUCUAAGUCCCCUCUGAGGCCAGGAGAUGGGAGUGGAGGGAUAGUGGCCAUUGCACCUUGUUAUACAGUGGAGCUCUGUCUCUGCACAGCCCCAGGAGAGGGACUUUUUAUAUUGAAUUUUAAACCAUUUCUUCAGCUGACUUUUUUUUUUUAAAUCUUUUGAGAGACAAAUGUUUUUUUAAAACAUAUAUUUUAAAAAAGAGAGAUGAUCUGUCAAGUGUGUACUCCUCCUCUCUUGGUCUUAUAGUGUCAACUCUCUUUGGGCGUAGGGGUUUUUGGACUUGAGCUUUGAUCGUAAACGUGACUAUCCAGUGAGAGACCGUGAUGGUCUCAACUUAUUUGGUAGCCCAGGUGAAAACUUAAGGGCUUGGUUUUUCUGAAGUUCUGAGCCCCCACAACUCCAGCUGAAACCAGUGGGAGCUGCAGGUGUUCAGCACCUCUGGAAAUCAGGCCCAAAGUUUUCCUGUCGCUCUCCCCCUUGAGGACAGCUGGUGACCCCAGCUGGCACUUCAAACAUCUGGGUUUGCUGGCUAACCAAGGCAACCAACUUUAGGCUUCAAAUAAGAACUGGCCUUGAUCUCAGUGUUUGGUGGUGGUUUGGGGGGAAGAGGGGCAGCCCUACUGCACACAGGAGAUGACUGUAUAAUGUGCAAUUAGCCGUGUGCCCUGGUUCAAUAUUUCAUCUAGGAUUGUUUUCAUGCAAGGGCAGCAGUUUGUCUAGCAGCCAGGAAUUAAUUGCCACCCGUCUAGACUGGCUUGUUGCUUGCCCGGCGGUGCUGGAUGUUAGGAUUUUUUCGAGAUUCACGUUCCAUUGCUUUCAUGAGAAAUUAUUUUUUUCUAUUCAUAGGAGAAUUUGGGCUUAGUGUGUGGGGAUGGGGGUGAGAAUCACUGCUCAGGAACAUCCUGAUGUAACUGGACUGGUGCUGAGUGCAAAGCAUAGACAAGCGCAUGCCUGGGUUUGUACCAAUUUGUCUGACCAAGACUGACCUCUACUCGUAAUAGGUGCAAAGCACAGCCUGCCCCGGCUUACGCUUAGGCAUCAGCAGUGGUGCAGCUGCGUUGGUUGCUAGGCACCAAAGGCUGAGUUGGGGCUUGUCCCACGUGUAGACAAGGUCUCGAUUUAGAAAUGAUGUUUUGGGACCAAAUCCAAGCAAGUUCCAGUUCAAGCAAGUAAGCUCCAGUUUCUCAGGGUUUGACCUUUUGUUAAUGAUCAAACUGGCUGACUUACUGUCUCAAAGGAAAAAUACGGAUUGUUUCCGAGGCUUUUUAAAAUAUGUGAAUAGGCUGCAGCAGGUGUGGGGGUUUUAUUGCCUUCAGAGUAGUCUACGGGGAGAGAAAUGUGGUUCGGAUGCUAGACUGGCCUAGCCUCCCAGCAUCCUAAACCAUUUAAAAAGCCGGGCGACUCAGCGCAUUUAGUGCUCUCCCUCUCUCAAGACAAAGAUCCCAAUCUACAGCAGUCUGGUUAGACAAAAGAUUUUGAAUACUUCAACUACAUAGAGCUUUUUCUUUGAAAAUUCAUUAAAUGGCCCAUGGAAUGUGGUGUUUAAAAAAUAAUGCUUUCAGGUUACAGUGUUAAGUGUAUAUUUUCCUAGAUGUAUUUAAGCUAUAAACUGAGUAAGAUAGUGAAUUGUUUUAUUUAUUAAUUAGGAGAUAAAAUGCAUAAACUUUGGUAAUGGGGAAAAAUCUAGUCACAUUUGAAAAAUUGGCCUAAUUAUUUUGGGUGCCCAACUUGAGACCUCUUAAAUGAGCUUGAUUUUUAGAGGCUGGUUGGUUGGCGCAUUCUGCAGACCAGUUCCCUUGAAGGAGUCUCAAGCUGGGCAUGCAAAGUCAUUAAUCGUGUUUGAAAAUCUUGGUCAUAAGAUCUUUCAUCUCUAGGUCACCAGCUCAGAUUCAGAUCACCUCUAAUUAGAGCUGAGCAAACGAUUUUUUGUUUGUUUGUUUGGUGAUUGAAACAAAAAAUCUGGAAAAAAAAAUUAUUUCAAACCAAGAUGGAAUCUUUUUUUGUUUUUUCUCAACAAAAUGAAAAACUAUUGUUUGGGUCAAACAAAACAUUUUGAAUGUUAUUUCAAAGCAACACUUCAAAACAUUUUGAUAUUUCCAAAUGUUUUUUUUCCAAGUUUUUUUGGCCAAACUAUUUGUGACCCAAAUUCACCAAUAGUUUCAGAGCCCUCCCUCUGUGUAUUUUUUUGGCAAUAUUUCUAUUCACCCAAAAACUUUGUCCUCCUCUAGUUGUGACCACAAGCUGUUACCCUCUGAUGGCUGUUUAGUGGCAUGUAUUUGAUAUUAAUUGAGGGGUCUCAGUCUAGUUCUGGGUAGCCAGGGCUCCGUAUCAUACCACCACCACAACUGGCAACAAGUGACUUGUUGGCAGAAUGGCCAAGGAUGGAAAGGACCAUGGAGACCGAACUCCCCUUUGCCCCUUCCACACCAGGUGUAAGGUAGAUGGGGAGAGCAUUGUGGUAAGCAUGCUGUGCCACUGCCCAUUCUGUACCUGUUCUUUAGAUAAAUGAGAGACGCCAGUCUUCAAGACCAAUAGGGUGGGGCUCUUUGCACAGCACUCCACUUGUGUGCAAAUUUAAAAGCAAAAUCCCGUGGGAUUAUUUUCCUGCAAAGUCUUUCAAUUCACAGCGUGAAGCUGUAACAUGCAUGGGGCCGGUUGGGUAUUUUGGAGGGAAUAGAUAUUUGGAAAGAAUGGGGGAUCGGCCUCGAUUAGAUUUUUGUCUUUUAAAAACAAGAUUGUAUGUGCCUCUUUACAGAGCAUUAGUUGCCACAGAUUCUCUAUCCUUAUUGUCUGACCAUGCCGCCUGCAUGUGGAAAGUGAUCUCUUAAUUUUCCUCACAUCCAGCAGUGAGUGUUGCCACAGUAAUGCAACUGCACCUGCCUUUUUCUGAAAGGCCUCUUUAAAACACUAUAAAAAUCAAUAACCUGCUUUUUAUUGCUUUCUGUGAUGUUUUGUUUUUCAGACGGUUUUGAUAUCAUGCCAGCAGAAACACAGCUGCUGAGAUUUGUUUUGACUAAGGCUUUUGAGAUCUCUGAUUUCUGGUUAUUUUAAAAAACGUCAAUUUCCCCAUACUAUAUAACUUCUGAAAUGUGAGUUCUGUGAAGCCAGGGACUCUUGGGAUGAUUUAUGCCUUUUUUUCUAGGGAACUAACGGGAGCAAUCAGAGCUGAUCAGGGCCUGGUUAGGUGACAGGUUAAAAUGCCUGUGGCUGAUCAAAACUAGCACUCCCAUUGUUACAAGCAGUGGUGCACCUGCCCCAGGGAUAGACCCAUGGUGGGAGAAUGUCAGAAGAUCCUCAGCAUUCGUAGAGAAAGGUAUGGACCCUGUGCUAAUAAACAAAUCUUCACAGUGUUAAAUGAUUGCAGUAUUAGACUUGCUAAGUAAGACAGUACGGUAUCUAUACAGAACAUAGAACAUACUAGGUGUUUCUGGCCCGUGUGAUUACCUCAUUGGACAAUUUUACAUAGUCUCACUAAAUCCAAAUGCAGGAAUGGGCAGUUUCAUUGUUUCCAUAUUAAAUCAUUGGACACUUUUUUUUUUUUACCAAAAGGGUUUAAGGUUCUAAUGAUUUUUAAAAAAAGCUUUCUGCAUAUUUCAAUACAGAAUGUUAAUUGAAUGUUCUACAGAAUGUUAUUGCACCUAAACCAUGACCUGUUGAUUGUACAGUAUGACUACCUAGAUUUUGCUUAUAUUUAAUAUUAGUAGUUUUGAUGUAACUUGUGCUCUGUAUUAUCAUUUUAACCAUUCUUUAUUUACUUAAAGGAUGUAAAUUGCUUAGAUGUUAUUGAAUCCUAGGUUAUGUUUUUGACAUUUAUAUAAUUGAGAACAAGUACCAUUGUGAAGGAUAAUGCAGCUUUGAAAUAGUCAUUGUUCUAAGCACAAUCUUUGCUUAUCUAUAGUAAAAUCCCCUUUGCAGGGUUGACAAAGCAGCCAUUCUUGCUGAGAAUACUUUCUCUCCUGUUUUUAAAUAGCACAUAUUAUGAUCCCCCCCAUUAUGACAGCGUAGAUUUUUAAUUUGAGGCAUUCGCAGCUGCACAUUAAGAAAUCCGUAAUAACUUCCUACAAAGACCAUAAUCACCUACGUUUGCAUUCUAUUGAUGUGCCUGUGACUCUAAAAUAGCCUUUUGGAGGAAAAGAAAAGAAAACCUCUUUGCCUCAUUUGCAGCGUGUGAAUUUUAACUACACCAGCAAGCAAUCAUUAGCUGGUGCAAUCUUUUUGAAGCCCUGCUAUCGUCUGCACAUUUGUGUUUAAGUGAACUUUAUGUAUUCAGAUUAUGACAGUAGACUAAGGGGAUGAAUGGGAAAUAUUAACUGACAUCUGUACGUGACCCUUUUGACAGGGGACUGUUUAUAUGGCGUCUGUGCUGGGAAAGCUGCAUUCUCUGAAAUGGGGUCCUAAUGAAUUGCAAAUACCUGCCUCCUUUCUACAGGGAAGGGGGCUUGGAGCUUUCCAAACGAAUGUCUUAUAUUAAGCAGCACUUUAAUAUCGGUUUUAAUUAGGUGAUAACAUCAGUUGGGAUAGCGUUGCAGGGUAGCCGUCUCCCACUGCUCGAUAAAUGCCGAGACAAAACUAAAUGUUUAACCUUCGCCUUGACAUUUAAGCUUCAGAACGGGAGACAUUUAUCCCAUGGUAACGUUCCAUUUCACUGACUUUUUCUCUUGUACUAAAUGAUGAACAAUAAAUAAAUAAUCCGGACCGGUGAGGGACGGGAGUGACUGACGCUAUGCUGUUUCUGAGAGCUGCAUUCUGGCUGGCGUAGAAAAUGCUUGUUCUGGUCUUCAAACACCCGGAAACCAGAGUAAGUUUGGUUCUUCUGAACACUUCUGACCAAACAAUCCAAAACUGAAUCAUGUUUUCUGACAAUCCUUUGCGCGUUUAAAAAAAAAAGUCUUCUGUAUAACCAAAUGGCAUGCCAAACCCCUUCUAUUGGGAAAAUGGAGGUUUUACUGAGAGACUUGGAGACCUGGGCCCUAAUCCCAGCAUCUGCCACUGACUCGCUGUGUGACCUCAGACAAGUCACUUAACCUUGGUGAGCCUCAUUUUCCUCAUCAGUGAAAAUUGGGGUGAGACACUCCCUACCUCAGAGGGGUCUUGAGGCUUAAUUCAUUAAUGUUUAUAAAGCACCUUGGACUACUGUAAUUGUUUUUACCAGAGACAUCAGAUUAUGGUGACUGUUGAUAAUUUAGCUGACAUUCUGUGAACAAGCUGCUUUCUGACCACAGGAGCUUUCAUUUUGUUCUGGAUUCUAAAUCUCUUAAGUCUUGCAAGGGAAAUAAGUUGAUGGAGUAAACUUAUUAACCAAUAAUACAGUAUUUUUCUCUGACUUUCUGCAGUGCAUUAAAUGGAAAUGGAUCACUAAUUUUUAAUAAACUGUGUUAUAUUUUAA